AUGGCUGAGAAGCAGGAAGUCGUCACCUGGAUCGAGAAGCACGGCAACACCCUAGCAAAAGCGGCCGACCACUUCCAGAAUGAGCUCGGCUGGAAAGUUUCUGCUGCGCAGAUUCGCUAUUGGUGGAAGCAGAAGGACUCCAUCAAGAACUCCCCUGUCUCCAACCUUCGCCUGAAAGGGGCUGGUGCGAAGCCACGGCUGGCGGAGGUAGAGGAUAUGAUCUUUGAUCAAGUCCUCUUCCUUCGGUCCGAGAAGAAGAAGGUAUCGCGGAGCAUGAUCGCUGACCUUGGGAAGCAGCUCGCCCAAUCUGAGCUUCGCGACGACAGCUUCGUGGGCUCUAACAAGUACGACGUGCUGACGGACAGAGCCGUGAGGUUUAUGGAGUUCCUGACGCCGCGCAUUGACACGCUGAGCCUCGAGCACACCGUCCUAAUGGACGAAACAGCCGUCUACUUCGAGGAUCCGCGUCGUCAGACAAUUGACGCCACCGGUGCCCGCCAUGUCGUCCUCAAGUCAACGGGGUGCGCUUCAAUGCGCGUGACCGCUGUCCUCGCUGUGUCAGCGUCUGGUCGCGCUCGCCAGGAUGGUGAGAUCGAGAAGAUCGGCAACGCUUACGUGGCGUAUCAAAAGCGUGCGUGGGUUGACUCACAGCUGCCGAUCAAGUGGCUCGACCUUGUUUUCCCUCCUGUGCUGGAUGCAGCGACGUCGGGCAAGGCCAUGGUUUGGGAUUCAAUGCGCGCGCACACGUCGAAGCUGGUGAAGGCGCAAUUCGCAAAGAAGAACAUUGAGAUGUUCGUGAUCCCAGGGGGGCUAACGCCCUACGUGCAAGCCGGUGACAUCGGCAUCUACAAGUCUUUCAAAGACAAGCUCUCAGCCAUUAUCGACGAAUGGAAAAACUCGGAUCGCGUGCUGUACACCAAGGGAGGCAAUCCAAAGCAGCCACCUGUGGCGGACGUUGUUGAGUGGGUGCAGACAACAUGGAAAGCGGUGCCCGGCGACGUUGUGCGCCGCUCCGUGGCUGCUGCAGGAUUUUCGCCGUGGUUUGAGGACUGGUACAUCAGUCGCCACGACGUCUACGGUGAUCUGUUUUGCCGCAAGUGGCUAACCCGCGAUGAAACCUCCGAAGGUGAUGAAGUUGAGGACGAACUGCUCGAAAAUCUGGACGAGUUCACCAUUUGGGACUCGGAGGCUUCCGUCUGA